AUGGAGAGACGCAGUGUUCUAUCUGGUCAAAACUCUCAGUCUGGCUUUCACAUCCCAAAUAUCGGGAAGGGUUUCACAACAGAGACUGACCAGCUCAAACCCCAUAUGUCAUUCGAUAUGAUUCAACAACAGGGCAACUGGCAAGAUGUCAUUCCUUACAACAUUGCAUUACGCCAAGCUUUUGCCACAAGAAGACACCUGUCGUUCACAGAUUUCGCGAGCGACAAGUUAUCCCACCUCAAGCAUCUUGCGCUGGCAGAUAAGAAGUCGUCUCGCGACUCACACCACAUGUCCAACUCAAAUGGAGUUGCUUCCUCUAGUACGACCAAAGCACAUCCACCAAGAGUCACGUCUUACAGAAAGCCAAAACCUGAACACCCAUGGGCAGGUAAAGUCAAAAACAUGAGGAACCUGCCGAGAAACUAA